CUGAACGAAGGAUGUGGUUUUGCAUGACACUUCAGCGAUGGAACAUUGCCAUGGAUUGGUGGAAAGCUGAUGCAUUUCUUGGAGAUGGUUGCUAACAACUGAGUGAACAAAAGCAACGGCUGAUGUUGGCUGGAGAGACCAGAAUACUGUAUCAGAGCAUACAAAAAUACUGACUGCUUAAAUAUUAAUUGUAUAUUUGUCAUAAGGGUUCUCUAGCGAACAAGGUAGAAAUUGAAGAUGCCAUUCAAAUCUGCCUCAAGCUUUCGUUCGGAGAGUAGUGAAGGGGACCUAGAAGGCAUAGCUGAAGGUGAGUUGGCCAAGUUGCAACGCCAGUUCCGCCUUUUAGAAGGUGACCGCCAUGCUUAUGCCUUGGAAUCUCGCGAAACCAUCCGCAGACAGACGGUUGAGGUCAAGCGCCUGGAAAAAGAGAAUGAAGAUCUACGAUACAGACAGGGUGUGGCUGAGGGCCAUUCCAACCAGAAGAAGGAAAAAGCCCAAAGUGAAGUUCUCCGAUCCUUGUUGACUGAACGGGAUGCAGUGAAGGAACAAAUUAUUAAAGAAAAAAAGCGGAUAACUCGGCUUGAUCAGGAGAUCGAAACCUGGGAGAACCGUUUGGCUGAACGGAAGCAGGUGAUGGGCAGUGACUGCAUGAUACAGGAGCAGAGAGCCCAUUUGCAAAGAAAGAUUCAGACAGUAGAAAACCAACUAGAUAAGAUCACCUCUGAAUUCAGUUCUCAACUCAUCUUGAAUUCACAAGUACAUAAGGAUCUAGAAAUUCUUUGA